CAAGCUCUUGCCAACUGACUAGCGGGCUCCAGACAUUGGCUCAAAUGCAAGCUCUAGGCAGAAAAAAAACGAAGUGACUUAAGCUGGAGUUCAGCUCUGCCUAUACUCGUCUCAUGAUUGUGCACCUCCCUCUUAAUCACAAUGGACCUCAACGAUGAUCACCACGAGGCAGGGACGGACUUAGACUCGGGUUCACCCAAGCCUCGAGCCCUUCCAGAUGACCUUCCAAGGUCUCUGGAUGACCGAAGAUUAGCUCCAACGUUUGGCGCAGAAACCGAGAUAUAUGACGCUUGGCAAGGGCAGUCGCAAUUCUUCACCACGCCCGUUCCGGCACGUCCACUUGAUUUCAGGCUUUCAUUGGAAGAGAGCCGCUAUAGAGAUGACCCAACAGCCCUCGCUCUGGAAGAUAAUGAUAGUCGCCUCGUGGAAAUGCUCGCGGCCCAAGCAGCACAUCGAGCAGACGGGCCCCCUUCGCAGGACGAGGACGGUAUUGCCACCAGCGAGACACUGUCCGAAGCAGAAAAGCGUGAACUUCUGCAGAAAGCAUUGAAUAUGGCUGCCAGUAAUGGCGACGUUGAAAGAGUGCAAAGACUGGUGAACGGAAGGUGUAAGGAUUAUGUUGAUGUGAAUGCGGCAGAUGAAGAGGGAGCUGCUCCCUUGAUAUAUGCAAGCUGCUUUGGUCAUCAUGAUGUUGUCUCGGCUCUCAUUGAUGCCGGUGCUGAUCUCGACACACAAGAUCGAAACCAAUGGAGUCCGUUAAUGUGGGCCAUGACGAACAGACAUAAGAACAUUGCAAAGACUCUUUUGGACCACGGUGCCUCACCUGAUGUUCGAUCUUCCUCUGGCAGAACAGCUUUCGAUUUCUUAGCGUCUAAUACCGAAAUUUCGGAUUAUCUACACGAAAGUGGUUACAAAAUAGGGAACGUGGGGGUGGGAGACGACUUUUACGAUGGAGGCCUGACUCAGGACAAAUUUGAGGAAGAAAUGGCCGAGAAUGAAAUGAAGAGACGAAUGAUGAUGGAAAGCGCAAUCAAUUUGGAAGUUGACCUGUCAAGCUUGGGGCUUGACGAGCAGCCGGAAUCUCCUGAAGAACUCGAAGAGGAGGGACAGGAGUUUGUCUGGGACAGAUGCCUCCACGAUCAAAUGUUUGUCUUUCAAGAAAAUGAACUAGGACGGAUCCUCGAUAUAAUCAUUACCAACAUGACGCCGCAACGGUCCCCGUCGCAAAAACCCGUUCCUGCAAACAUUUUAUUUCUGAGCUCAAGAUACGCUCAUUAUCACGCUAGCCCGGAAUUACUCCAAAUGCUCCUUGUUACGGCCAUGGACAAAAUAAAUGAUGUUGUCGAACGCCAUCAAUGGGAUAUGACUAUCUUGGCAUUUUGGAUUUCAAACGCGACGCUUCUUAUGCACUAUCUCAAGAAAGACCCCGGAUUGAUGGAGGCCACGACUUCUUUCCAGCUUCAGCUAGCUGAGCUCAUCAAUGAGAUUUUCGUCUUGAUCAUCCGGGAUGCGGAACGACGAAUGGACAAAUUGUUAGAUGCUGCAAUGCUUGACCACGAAAUAAUUCCGGGUUUUGAAGACGUGCAAUUUCAAAAUGAAUGGAAGCUCUUCAAAUCAAAGAGCAAAGCUAAGGAACCGGAGCCGAUUGAGAAACGAUUCAGGCCCCCUUCCCCGAGGAGACGUGCGCAGAUUGCGCCUAGAAAUAUCACGUCGCUAUUAUCGUCCACUCUUUUUGUACUAGACCUAUACGAUAUUCACUCGGUCAUCACAGUCCAAAUUUUAGCGCAACUUCUCUACUGGCUUGGCGCAGAAUUGUUCAAUCGCGUCAUGUCGAACCGGAAAUACCUGGCGCGAACAAAAGCGAUGCAAAUACGAAUGAAUGUUUCAAUCUUGGAGGACUGGGCAAGAGCAAACAACCGAGAGCCCGAGCAUUUUGAGAGUGGUUCUAUGAACACUUCGGGCGAGAGCACUGUUGACGCGGCCAGACGACAUCUUGCCCCAACCAUACAACUGCUCCAAUGGUUGCAAUGCUUCUCUUCACUCGGCGAAGACUUCGAAUCUUUAGUUGAUACUAUUCAACAGCUCACUCGACUGACCCCACAACAACUUGUACAUGCUGUUCGUCAUUAUCGACCGGAAGUCGGUGAGAGAGGAUUGCCGAAAAGCGCCAUGAAGUACCUGAUCAACCUCGAAAAGGAAUUUGCAGAACGUCGAGAAAGUCGACGAAAAGCAGCUUCAUCUCCAAAAAUACCUAUUUCACCACAGAGAGCCUCUGGGCGUAAAUCGACUGAUGAUCCAUCAACAUCCACGCCCGCGGAAGGCAAUGUAGCCACGAAGGAAACAACGGGCCCUAGUGCAAGCGGUUCGACACCUACGAUGGAUGCGCCCUCGGAUGAAGAAGAGCCACCGGAAAACCUCCUCCAAGAUCCAUCUCUCAUGCUACCCUUUAUCUUGCCAACUUCCACAGACAUGCUCGUCAGCUAUGGAGCCGGUUUUGGAGGCGUGAAUCGCGAAAGAGAACGCAAGUAUAUCCCAACAGUACCUCCGGAGUUUCUUGCCAAGUUUGACACCAAUGGCACGAAGAAGGAGAUUGCAUACGAUAGCACACAAUGGGAGGAUGGCGAUGAGGAGGGGUGAAAUAAUUUAACGAUAUCUUAACGAGCCGCACAAUUGCAUCGCAAUGGAGUUGUGAAUUUUGCUGUAUUUAUGGACUGGGUCACUGCGCCGCAUCUUUCUGGUCUUAAUGGCCUUAUAAUUUAUAUAUUGAACAUACAGCAGGGAAGGAAAGAGAACUGAUUAAAUUCAAAAACUUGCUAUCAAUAUGAGUAAAAUCAGCCACAGUGAUAGUGGAGUAGAAAAGAGACACAAUUGAAACAAUGAUACCAAACC